GACGCGCGCGGGUUGCGCGACGCGCGGGAGCCGGGCGGGCAGCCAUGGCGUGGCGCGCCGGGAGGUAGCCGGGCGGGACGCGGAGAGCGCGGGGGCCGCCAUGGCCCGGCGGCGGCGCCGCGCCUGCAUCGCGCUGUUCUUGGUGCUGCUCUUCGCCUUCGGCACUCUCAUGGGCCUGCGCACGCUCAAGGCUCCGGACGGACUCCCGGCGCUGGGCCCCGGCCUGGAGCUGGCGCCCUUUGAGCGACGCCCCGAGGGGGGCCCCGCGCCGGCCGCCCGGGCCCCGGCCGCCCCCGCCGCGCCGCCGCCACCGCCUCCGCCUCCGCCCCGCACCGCGGGCCCGGGCAGCUCCCUGGGGCCGGCCCCAGCGGAGGCCGAGCCCGCCCCCGGCCAGAGUCUGCGCGUCUACUCGGACCUGCACGCCUUCUACUACUCGUGGUACGGGAGCCCGCGGCGCGAGGGCCACUACAUUCACUGGGACCACGUCAUGGUGCCGCACUGGGACCCCAAGAUCUCGGCCAGCUACCCUCGCGGCCGCCACAGCCCCCCCGAAGACUUGGGCUCCAGCUUCUACCCGGAGCUGGGGCCCUACAGCUCCCGGGACCCCGACGUGCUGCGGGAGCACAUGACCCAGCUGAAGGAAGCCGCCAUCGGCGUCCUGGUCCUGUCCUGGUACCCACCUGGCAUGGCUGAUGAUAAUGGGGAACCCUCAGAUGACCUGGUGCCCACCAUUCUGGACACUGCCCAUCAGUACAACAUCCAGGUGGCCUUCCACAUCCAACCCUACAAGGGCCGAGACGACAUCACUCUGCAUGACAACAUCAAGUACAUCAUUGACACGUAUGGCUCCCAUGGUGCAUUUUACCGCUAUAAGAACAGCAUGGGUAAGAGCCUCCCACUCUUUUAUAUCUAUGACUCCUACCUGACAUCCCCUGAGGCCUGGGCCCACCUCCUGACACCGAACGGGCCCCACUCAAUCCGCAACACCCCCUACGAUGGGGUCUUCAUAGCGCUGCUGGUGGAGGAGGGCCACACCCAUGACAUCCUGGCCGCCGGAUUUGAUGGCAUGUACACCUACUUUGCCUCCAAUGGUUUCUCCUUCGGCUCCUCCCAUCAGAACUGGAAGGCUGUGAAGAACUUUUGCGAUGCCAACAACCUCAUGUUCAUUCCCAGCGUGGGGCCUGGCUACAUUGACACCAGCAUCCGGCCCUGGAACAACCACAAUACGCGGAACAGGGUCAACGGCAAGUACUAUGAGACGGCCCUGCAGGCAGCCCUGACCGUGAGGCCCGAGAUCGUCUCCAUCACUUCUUUCAAUGAGUGGCACGAGGGCACCCAGAUUGAGAAGGCCAUUCCCAAGAAGACGCCGACUCGGCUGUAUUUGGACUACCUGCCUCAUCAGCCCAGCCUGUACCUAGAGCUGACGCGCCGCUGGGCGGAGCACUUCAUCAAAGAGAAGGAGCAGUGGCUGAUGUGAGGGGCCUGCAGGCAGGGGCGGGAGGUGCUGACGUCCCAGCCUCACUGGAAGAUGUCACCACGUGGGGCUCGGCUGAGGUUGUGGGCACUCGCUCCCAAGUCAGCGCCUGGGUGCUUCUGGGCCCAUCAAGUCAGGGCCCGUGGAGAACAGAGCUAGUUUCUGAGGCAGGUGGGUGCCCGGGUGUCCUGCAGGGACAGGAAACUAGGCGGUGUUCCAGAGAGAGGGAACCCCAGGGGCUGGCAGGUGGCUGGGCUUAGCCCAAGGCAGCUCCACAUCCUCAGAACACUUUAGAACAAUCCCUUCUAGCUUGGAACUCGGCUGGUUGGUGUUCUGGAGUCGCCAAGUCACUGGUCUUAGAAGGGUGUCAGGGCUCCGGGCUAGCAUGCACCCUGCUCUCUGCCAACCGGCGUCCUCUCCAGGCCUCCUUCCCACAUCAUCUGUCUUCCCCAAGUUAGGGAACCACAUUUAAGACUUUCUAAAAGGGAAAAUUCUCGGUUUAAGCUCUUCCCAGUAGAUUCCUGAACCCAAUUAUCAGGAAAUAAUCCUGAGCAUUCACACAUUCAUUCAACACAUACUCAGCGAGCACCUUACCGCGUGCCAGGUUCUGGGGGAAAACUUGACCAGGAAUGGCUCCUGUCUUCCUAAGCUUACAGGAGCCAGCUUUCCUCAUUUGGUGUGGCCUUGUAGCUAGUGCCUAAGCACAGCUAUAAGUUUUUCCUUUUUGCUGUUUUUGCCCAGUGCUGGGAGUUCAGUUCUUUUUCCUCAAAGAAAAUACCUCUGCGCUCCAGAGCCUCCGUUUUCCUAGAUGAAUAUUUAGCUCCAGGGGGAGGACCAGGACACCCCCCUCCCUUUAGCUGCCUGAAUUGAAUGAGACCCACUCACUAGAGCCGUUUUCAGUGCUACUGUGAUUUGUAUUAAAAAUGACAUGUUGUUCCUAUUCUCAAAUCAGCUUUCCUUUUGAUCCCUUCAGGACCACAAACUCUUGACUCCUCAGAUUCCGUGACAAAUUGACAUAUGGGAUGGGCUGGCUACAGUGUUAGCACAACAAAGAGUCGUUU